UGCGCGCGGCGGCUCCUCCGCGUCUCAGCCGGGGCCCGGGUAGGGCCAUGGGCACGGCGGGCCCUAACGGUGGCGGUGUCCUGCGGUUGCCUGGGCUGCACGGCUAUGCGGUGGAGUUCUCGCCCUACUGGCCGGGGCGCGUGGCCUGCGCCGCCUCACAGUACUACGGCAUCGCAGGUUGUGGAACUCUGGCAGUGCUGGAACAAAAUGAAGCUGGGAUUGUUCUGCUUAGGAGUUUUGACUGGAACGAUGGCCUGUUUGAUGUGACCUGGAGUGAGAAUAAUGAGCAUGUGUUGAUCACUUCUAGUGGAGAUGGAUCUCUGCAAAUCUGGGAUACAACUAAAACCAAAGGUCCGCUGCAGGUCUAUAAAGAGCACACCCAGGAGGCAUAUAGUGUUGACUGGAGCCAAACUAGAGGAGAGCAGCUAGUGGUGUCUGGUUCAUGGGAUCAAACAGCUAAGCUGUGGGAUCCAGCAGUGGGGAAGUCAUUAUGCACUUUUAAAGGCCACGAAGGGGUUGUUUACAGCACUAUAUGGUCUCCACACAUCCCAGGCUGUUUUGCCUCUGCCUCAGGUGACCAGACUUUACGAGUUUGGGAUAUAAAAGCCCCAGGAGUCAAACUUGUGAUACCAGCACACCAAGCUGAGAUCUUGAGCUGUGACUGGUGCAAAUAUGAUGAGAACUUGCUGGUGACUGGGGCAGUUGACUGCAGCUUGAAAGGCUGGGAUUUGCGGAACAUCCGGCAACCAGUGUUCGUCUUGCUUGGUCAUACCUAUGCUAUCAGAAGAGUGAAAUUUUCACCAUUCCAUGCAACCUUAUUGGCCUCUUGCUCCUAUGAUUUUACUGUGAGAUUCUGGGACUUUUCCAAACCUAAUCCAUUGCUGGAAACAGUUGAGCACCAUACUGAAUUCACAUGUGGGCUGGAUUUAAGUCUUCACAACCGUGGUCAGGUGGUGGACUGCGCUUGGGACGAACUAGUCAAGAUCUAUACUCCGUCAUGUUUGGCAGUUCCUGUCUAAAGAAAAAGCAAAGAAGAUGUGACACAGCGGGAACCCUUCUCCCUUUCACCACAACCAGAGUCAGCUGUGUCACUAAUCUUAGUAUCUCUUUCAAAGUAAAACUCAACUUGAGCAGAGUGUUGUACACUUAAGCACGUGGAGAUAUUAGGGCUCGAUUUACUGUACAGGUAGUAAUUGAGACAGCAAAAUGUUGAACGGCUACUGAAUGGCUGAAGUGUGGCAGUAGCAGGUGUGAGCUAUUGUCUGUAGAGCAGAAUCACCAACAGAACUUUGUGAUCUGUGUGGCUGAUGAUGAGAGUAGAGGCCUGAAUCUUCUGGAUCUUUAUAAA